UUUGCAUGCAGUACAAUAAUAAAAGGCUCACCUCAAUGCCUAAGGUAUUUGUAACCAACUGGAGCGAAGCACGGAGGUCCCAGCAAUGACGGAGAAUUCUGACAGCGCCACCAUUGUGGAUGUGAGCCAAGUGCAAGCAAAAUCACAGGAACACCAACCGAAAAACAAGGCCAGUGGAGAAACUGUGCCAUUUGUAGAUGUAAAAGUAAAGAAGGAAUGCAUCGAUGCUGAAGUCGAGGCGAAGCUUAGGGCGAUAAAUGCACGUAUUAAAGCCGAACAUGCUGACACGGAAAGCAACGAUGAUGAUGAUGACCAGGCAACAGAGAGCGAAGGCGAUAGGGAUGGUAGCCCGAGUGCAUCGUCAUCAGCAGAGGUUGAUGACAAGAAGGCUAUUGCUCCUGUAAAAUCGUCAAACGAAAUCCUUGCAGAGCUCUUCUCUGUAUUCAAUGCAGCUCCACCCGAAGAGCUGUUGGACGACAAAAAUCUGCUCAACAAGAAACACAAGAAGGUCAAGAAAGAAAAAAAGGAAAAGCGGGAAAAAAAGAAGAAAACCAAAAAAAUUGAUAAAUCAGAUGGCGAAUGUUCGGAGAGUGAUGCGGUGGCGGCGGCUGGAGGCAAGCAUAGGCACAAACAUAAACAUAAAAGGAAACAUAAACAUAAUAAGGAGCGCGAAAAAUCCAAAGAAGGCGCUGGGCGCACGGAUGGCGGGGAGAGUGUGGCCAAGGGACACGAGCGAAAACGCCAUGUCACAGAGAGUACAUCUGUGCCCGCAAAGAAGAUCUGCAAAACUGAACAAAGUGUGGACCGUGAACAGGAAUGGGGAAAAGAGCGAGAGAGAGAUCGAGAAAAGGAACGCGCGCACAAUAGUUUCUAUAACGGGUUCCGAGAUAAGGACCGAGAGCGGGAGCGAGGGCACAGCAGGGAAGAAAGGGAGCACAACAAAACAGAUAAAAUUAAAUCAGAACAGCGCCACUCUGAACACGCAUCCGAUGUGUCUCUUUCCGAUGAGGAAACCUACCUGCGAGAACGAACGAAUGGUCGGCGGCGACCGCACAACAGCUUCUACGAUGACACCAGCUUCACGCGCAUCAAAGAGGAACCUCGAGGAGAAGCCGGUUCGAGAUCGCAUCGACGUCGCUCCAGAUCUCACAAUCGUGCGCGUUCCCGUUCCCGCUCCCGGGAUUUGGGCAUCGAUAAGAAACGCUUGUUGGAAAUUGCACGAAAGAACGCUAUCAUGAUGUUCAAGCGCGGCACCAUUCCCGGUGUCGAAGAUAUGACGCAAGAAAUCAAGGAUAAGGUGCUGCUUAAAAUGCGCUAUGGCGGACGCACGGUGCAAGAUCUCACGGACUUUUGCAAGAAAAUUUCCAAUGGUGAAGUACUCUCCGAUCUAAGCUCAGAGGAGGAUUCGGAUGUGGAUAAGAACGGCAAUGCCAAAGCGUUUCAUCACCCGUUUAAGUUGAAGGAGCGUGAACCUAUUGUGAUGCACAUACGAAACUCGACGCCUAUUGUGCCAGUGAUGCGACGCGAGGAACAAAUAAAAGCAAUAACCAUGCAAUUCCCCGUCUCGUCGGGUCAAAAUCACAGAGCAUCCGAAGCGUGGGUUCCUGUCGAUCGCAAAGAAACGCUCGCACCGCUGCCCACACUACCUCCGGCAAAACAGGCGACCAACAUAUUCAAAGAUGUGCAGAAAAAUGUAUUUGCAAAGGCUAUUCCGCAGCUGGAGCAACAAGAACCUGCCUUUAAGUCCGUCGGUUCACAAUUGGAGAUAGCGACCACAUUGGAAACGAACGGAUUACCACCAACACCGGUGCCACCGCCAAUUUCUACGCCUAGUGUUGAACCGCUUGUACCAACGGCAAUUACAUCCGCAGCUGUAACCGGUCGUCCUUUUGUACCAGAAGUGCCCAUACCGUCUACAAUAAAUGCGCCACCCCCCGUCCUUCAGCCAGUGCCCCACCCGGCGCCACCAACUGAGUCCAUUUUUCCACAGACCGCUCCGCCCAACAUGGAUGUGUCCAGCAUUAUAACGCAGCGUCUUAGUGCCAUACGCCGCCUGCAGGAAAAUCCCACGGACUUUGAAGCGAUGAAAAUGAUGUAUAAUGCUCAGCGUAAUAUGUGCUCGUGGGCCUCAUCAAAGCAUGUGCCUGGCCAAUUUACGGGCAGCACUGGCGCGCCUGUGAUGAAGGCACAUGAGUUGAAUAGUGGACCCCAGUUGUGGGCGCGACGGGAUCAGCUGACCUCAACAAAGCCCGUGACGGGGGGCAUGGGCAUGGCGUUGCUAAAGAAAAUGGGCUGGAAGCCAGGCGAGGGCUUGGGCAGAACGAAAACGGGAUCACUGCAGCCGCUUUUAUUACAUGUUAAGCUGGACAAACGAGGAUUGGUCUCGAGCGAGGAUGUCAAUUACCAGGCCCCGCGUACAAAUGUCACUCAACGUAAGAAACAACCCAGUGGCAGUGCCGGUCCAGUAGCCCUUAAUACACAAGACAAACACCCCGUGUGUGUACUCAACGAACUGACCUCGAAAAAUAGAUGGACAGCGCCACAAUAUACACUACAAAAUGACACGGGACCUCCGCAUAGUCGCAUGUUUCUGUUUUCCGUGGAGGUGAAUGGACAGUCAUAUAUGCCGGCGCAGGCCUCUAGCACCAAGAAGGAAGCUAAACUCAAUGCGGCAAAGUUGUGCUUGCAGGCUUUGGGUAUAUUACCUGCCAAUACGUAAGAGAUGUCUGUUAAAUGUUUGCAUGCUCGUGACCUUACAAAAUGCUUGAGUACGCACUGGUUAUUAAAUUGUAAUUUAAAUUAAGUCUAGAAAUUUAACGUAAAGAACUGUAAAUAGUAUCUAUAAAUAAUAAUAAAUUAUUUCUGUAAAUUGAAAAAA